AUGGCUCCUCAGGUUUUGCUUUCUUCAGAUGUUGCAGCAGCUUCUCUUGGACGUGUGGGAGUUCCUGACAAGCUCCCAGCGUCGUCCCAAGAGCCUUGUACAGGAAAGCCUGGAAGGGAAAAAGCCGAGCCCGAGAUGCAGCAACAGCGUGGCGUGCUGGAACGGGGCCAGAGCAGGACAGGCCCCAGCGCACGGGAGCAGCCGAGACCGGACGCAGGGAUGGGCUUUAGCCAGCCCCGCUCAGCACGGAGGGAAGGGCCGCUGGGGGGCAAGGGCUGGGGAAGCAGCGCAGAGCACCGCCUGCAGCCCCAGCCCCGCAGGCGGGCGCCCCGUGGCUGCGCUGCCAGGGGAGAGCCGGGCAGGGAACCGACCUUCUCCCCAGAGCCGCUGGGAGAGCUGUCCAGCCGCUGGCUCAGCUCACAGCUCAGGCGCUUGACCCAGGCGUCGUCCUUGAUGGUUUCCAGUGAUGCCCUCAGGAACUACAGGAGAGAACAGGAGAGGAAAGCGAAUGUUGCUUUGCCUUUCGCCAGGGUGAGGAGGGCAGUUCUGCACUUCAUCAGGGAGCUGCUCAGUGCCAAUGCCCAGAGCUGUUCGGCGUGGGACGUUGUGGGAUACAUCUUCAGCGAGUUCAGCCAGAGCUCGAGCAGAAGGGCUGCAGGACUCCUGUCUGCCCAGGAAGCCCGGGAAGAAGGAGGUCUCCAAGGGCUGUGCAUGGACGUCCUGGGGUCACUGGACAUCUCUGUGAGAGGGAUGGCCAAACUCCUGUGGCCGAGGCUGCUGAUAUAUGUGUUGCCAGCCAAGUACACGGGCAUGCUGAUCCCCCUCUCCCGCUGUCUCCGAGCCCUGGCUGAGAGAAAUGAGUUAACAGCAGCGUGUGAGCAUCAAGAGCUGGAUCCCGAUGUCCUCAACUCCCUGUUGCAAGAGACAACGCUGACUCCACAUACCUUGCUGGCUCGCCUGCUGGUGGUGGCGGGGUCUCCUUUUGCGGGCAGUGAGCUCCAAGCUGCUGCCUUGCUGGUGAUGCAGAGCCUCCACAGCAGGAUCCAUGGAGCUGUGGGGGCCAUGUGGAACACCGAGAUUCCCCUGCUGCUGCAGUACCUCAAGGGAGAAAACGAGAACAUCCCAGACUCUGCAGGGUGGGAGCGCCGUCUGCUUAAGUUCCUGAGGGCAUCACUGGAAACCAUCAAGGACGACGCCUGGGUCAAGCGCCUGAGCUGUGAGCUGAGCCAGCGGCUGGACAGCUCUCCCAGCGGCUCUGGGGAGAAGGCUUUCCUGUACAAGGCUCUUGGGACGACGCUGGGAGCUUGUCAGGAACUCCCACACGUCCAAGAGAAGCUGCUGCAACAUCUGAAGAAAGCAAAACCUGAGGAGCCAUCUGAGGCCCAGGGAAUCAUUUCUCUUGUCUGCCAAGCCGCCGACAGCCACUUCCGCCUGGUCUUGGAGACCUUCACAACAUUUGCUGCCACACUGUGCAACGUCCGGUGUUUUGGGGUUUCCAGACGCAAGAAGAUGACCCAGGCCAGCAUGAGAGCUCAGGCCGCUUGCAAUGCUGCCAUGCUCGCCUACAGCAGCAUGGCACUGCGUGCCUCCGAGGAACAACUGCUCGCCCGCGUGGAGGCAGACAUCGUGGGCAACAUCCUGCUGCUCUACAUCUCCAGUAGCAAGAACUUGCCGAAAAAUCUCGCCCUGGUGCAGAGCAUCACCGAGGUCGGUCGUGCCAUCCAAGCUGUGGGCAACUUCGGCAGCUUUGAUCCCGUCCUGCAGCACAAGCUGCUGCUGAUCCUGCAGAACUUGAUGAAGAAGACUCUCUGGGACUUCCCGGCAUCGUCACUGCACCUGAAGGUGAUUCUGGCCCUGGAGCAGUGGAGCAAGCUGAAGAUCUCUUUUAGCAGGAAGGAAAUUUGCAGCCUGCUGUCUGACUGCUGCCAGUCCAUUCUGAUACCUCCUUCAGCGGCUGAGCAGAUGGAGGAGAUAGGGAACGCAGAGGUGGCAGUGCUGCAGCUACAGUCUCUGCACGUGGCCACGAAGGCUCUGGGCCGGCUCAUGGCAGUCGUGCUCGAGACAAAGCCAACCCCUGUCGUCUUCGUAGACAUCGUCCACGUACUGUGGCUCUGGCUCUCCUCGGACAAUCCGUGGGUGCGCAAGAGGGCCCUGCAGGUCUGCGCCCAGCUGCUGGCGGAUUGCAGAGAUGGAACAAGAUGUGCCUACGUGCCGUUUGGCUCCUUGGCGGGAUUGCUGGGGCCUCUGACCUAUGACCCCGUGACCAGCUCCCGCCAGCUGGCCGCUACCUGCCUCAGCUCCCUUCUCCACAUCCAAGCCAAGGCCACGAACAGGGUGUUCGAGACAGACGACCCUGCGAGCUCGUGUGAGGGGCUGAGUAACCGGAUCGCCACAUCUCAGCAGCUCCAGACCUCUGUCAAAAUUGGAGAGAUCGUUUGCAAAAACUUCCCCAAAGAACAGGCCGCAGACUUCAUGAAUGCCAUCAAGGAGACCUUCCGGCGUGCCAGAGGAAGACGUGUGCGUGCUGCAGGGAACUGGAUGAUCACCUUCCUCAAAAUAUGUGGAAAGGACAUUCUUCCAGACGUGCCAGGCGUCCUCUUCAUCCUGCUCACCUGCACAUGGUCCAUGCUGGAGACCUCGUUCAUGUACUUUGUGCACGAUGCGGUGCUGAUCCUGGCCCGCUAUCACGAGGAGCUCACGAUUGAUUUCAUCAUCCAGAACUUUGUGCCUAUGGACAGAAACACACUGGAGCUGUGGAGGACUCUGGGGAAAGACAGCAUUGGCAUCUGUGUGCUGAAGCGCUUAUCGGAGAAGCUGAAGAGAGUGGGAGACAACAGCUCCGAGCCCAGCUCGUCCAGUCGCAGGCUGGAGGACCAGCAGCCUUCUCCGGAGUCCUUGACUGUCGCCUGCGCCAUCUCAGAAGUGGUGUCUGUGCAGUCCGAGGAGGGGGUCCAGAGCUUGCUUCCCUCCCUCCUCCCUGGGCUCCUGCUGCAGGUCAGCGAGGCACUGGGGGAAGAGAUGCUGUUUGCGCCCCUCAGCCCCUGGAGAGGGCUCUCUGAGGAUCAGCGGCGAGAGGACAACGUGCGCAGGCACGAGGCCACUUGA